UUCGCCCCGGUAUCAACAUGGACUGGAUCCUUCGCUCGCUUCGCGUCAGCUGCUCGCUGCUACCGCGCUGCCUUCUAACCCGAUAACAAACUGUAAGCUAGAGGCGUGCGACGAAGGAUAGUAGUGUGUUGUUUGUGCGUGUGCGCGCGUUUUAGGAUGUCUUAAAAUCAGAAAACGAAACAACAAGAACGAAAAGUCGAGCAAAAUGGCACGUCGUCGCAACAGCGAGAUACUGUGGUCGUUGAUGACGCGCAUCAAGUCGCCGCACAGUUUUCAGGUGCGCAGGUUUUCUUCAUCCUCCGGAGCCGAGACUGCCAACGGUUCGGCCGGAGGCAAGUCCAAGAGCUCGUCCAAGAAGUCGUCGAACGAAAAGCCGUCCUCGUCGACGUCCAGGACUCCGUCCCGGGCUCGACUGUGCCUGAUAGUGUCGGCGAUCGCGCCCGGUUUGACGUUCGGUGUGUUCGUCGUGGUUGGCAACGCGGCGGCUGUCGUGUCCGCUGGUGCCGUGGUGCCAUCGCUGCUUGUAGCCGCCGUGGCAUCCUUGUUGGCCGGUCUGUGCCUGAUCGAGUUGGUGACGUGGCAGCGCCCCUGUCCGGAUUCGUUGUACGCCUGCCUCUACCGGUGGGCGGGAGAAGCGGCAGCCUUUGCGGCCGGCUGGUUGUCGCUGCUGCACCAGGGAGCCGCCGUCGCUUGCGUGGCGCGUUUGCAGAGCAGCGCCAUCGACGCCCUCAGCGGCGGUGCAUUAGCUAGGGCGUGGCAGGCCCUCGGUGCGUACGACCCCGUAGCCCUGGCUCUGGGCCUGGUGGCGGCCUCUGUGGCAGCCGCACCCAGACUGCUGUCCUCCUCCCGUGAGCCGACGUGGCUGGGCAUGGCCCUCAUCGUGCUGUCGCUGUUGGCGGCGCUCUUCUUCGUCGCCAUGGGAUCCGUGGGGGCGACCGCUGCUCCCGGAAACUCUUGGAGCUUGGCCAUGUUGGUGCUCAGCGACAGCGCACCCACUGGGCUCUUGUCCGGUGCGGCCCUCUGCACAUACGCAUUCAUCGGUCCGCAUACGGCACUGCGGCGCGCUCCCGACAGCCCUCAGCCGUGGCGAGACCUACCCCUGGCACUGGGUCUCAGUACGGCGCUCACGUUCCUGCUCACAUUCGCCAUGGCCGUCGUGGUCACCAUCCAGGCGCGCCACGACACGGCCCGUCCGCUGGCCGCCAUGCUGGCUUCCUGCUCGGCCGAGUGGGCCGGUACCGCCAUGAGCGCCGCCUCACUCCUGGCACUCGUUGGCCUAGCCCUGUACGGACUGCUUCCUUUAGGCGGGGCCGUCAGGUCACUAGCCGCCGACGGACUCCUAUUCCGCGGUCUGGCCAAGACGUCCAACACCGGCCGACCCGUGGGUUCGAUCCUGGCCGCCGGAGCCUUGGCGGCCUUCGCGGCGCUCGUGGCGCCCGUACCCAGGCUCCUGGGCCUCAUGGCUGUCGGGCCUCUGGCCCUAAACACGGCCGUGUGCGUAGCCUUGCUCCUAGCCCGCUACCAUCCGGCCAGCCGGACCGCAUACGACCUAAUAGGCGACGAGUCGCCGCCGGCUAAGGAAGGCUCCGCCACGGGCCACGGCGGCGGUGGCAGCUCGGGACCUGCGUCGUCGACGACUUCCCCAACAUCCUCGGCUUCUUCUUCGUCGUCCGAGGACGAGGAGGACAUCGACGCCCUGGUGCGCGAGUACCGCGAGCGACUACGCGUGGCGGCGCUGACCGACAGACUCGUGGCCGGAAGCGGCGGCAAUUCCCUGCGCGAACCGACGUCGGCGACAGCGCGCCGAGCGGACCUGGCCGUCUCGGGCGUCGUCGCGGCUCUCGUGGUUCUCUCGGCGGCCAUGGAGGUCGGCUCGAGACUCGAGGGUCGGGCGGCCUCCGUCUGCGCCGUGAUAUCGACGUUGUGCGCGAUCGUGGUGGCAGUGCUCCUGGUGCUACUGUCGCGGCAGCCGCAGGCUCAGUUGAGCCUGCUGCACGCGGGAGCGGCCUUCCGCGUGCCUAUGGUGCCCUGGCUGCCCUGCAUCGGGGCCUUUCUCAACGUCUGCCUCCUGAUCGACCUGCUCGUAUCGGCCUGGCUUGUAUUCGUCUGCUGGCUGGCCGUAGGCGUGGCUCUGUACCUGCUGUACGGCAUCCACAGCUCGACGGCCGCCUCGGAGAUCCCGCUGCCAGCAGCGCCUGCGGUGGGCUCGCCCCGGCAGCCAUUGCCGAAGAUCUCGCUGCAGCCGCUGGCGCUGCAACCGCACAGCAUCGUGUCGCACAUAGUGCCCUCUCACCGCAGUCACCCGGGCAGCCAGCGGAGGCUCGCCGAGCUCGACACUGUCUUCAUCCAGCACUGAUCCGGCGAGGCUGCCGCACAUACGCCUCGACAGAGCACAAAACGAAACCGACCCGCUUCGUCACCGGUAAAGAUGACCGGGGCGGUCUUUCUACCUUCCGAGGCCUCGGCAAAAACGUCCUCCGGCUAAAAGACGCCAGGGACGUAAGGACGUACGAGGACCACGCUCCCCGCAGUCCUGGCCGGAGGGGACAACCGACAACGCCAGGAACCCGCUCAGCCUCCCCACGACUGCCUGCCGCCGACCAGCAAUAACCGAGGAGAGCGUACCCCCUCAACGGGGAAGUGGGGGACGCGAAAAGAGGCCGAAUCAUCGUCGUGUUUUCAUGUUUUGCCGUCGCGAACAGUGCCGUCCGAAUAGUGCAUGUACAUUCAUCAUUCGGGCUCUUGGAGGACGACGUCAGUGCAGCGGGACUGCCCCACGGCUACAUACAUAGUCGCGUCGCUCACUAUACACGUUGUAAGACCGUUCGCGCUGUCCCGUCCGAGACAUAAGCACACAGACACACACGGACAAACAUGCAUAUAUGAACACACAAGGUCGUUAUUACAGUUGGAAGUACAGAAAGAUACACAUACACACAACUAGGCGUCGUUAUUACAGUUGUAUGUAAAAGAAAAUGACAAUUUAAGUGAAGGUUCACGAAACGGGGACACAAUCAGACGCGAAGGACAAAGUUCGGUGAUUUCUGAUGAAUGCCGGGACUAUCUAUUUAGCUCUGCAGCUGCGGCGUUCGAAGAGUGUUCCUGAAGUGAGUCAAAACGACAACAAAAAAGGAUGUACGAGAAAGACAGUCGUGCCCUCGUUGUUAUGAGGUCAUCGCGAUGAGAGAGAGAAAAAAGAAAUGCGAGCGCUCGUGCA